AUGAAGGUCCGGCUACAUUGUGUGUUAUCCUUACUUUUUGUUUCAGCUGCCUCUGUUCUGUGCAUCAGCCCCGAAGAGCUCCAGGAGGCCCUCACCUCCCACUGUGUGGUCACCCGGGGCGAGACCAUCAUCCGUGCCAACACUGUAGACAGGGCUGCGGACGUUCGAGACGCCAUGUCCAAAGCCCUGUACGGGAGGCUCUUCAGCUGGAUUGUGAAUCGCAUUAAUACACUCCUGCAGCCAGACAAAAACAUAUGUAGUGCAGGAGAUGGAAUGAAUGUGGGGAUCUUGGAUAUCUUUGGAUUUGAGAAUUUUCAGAGAAAUUCGUUUGAGCAGCUCUGCAUAAACAUCGCCAAUGAGCAAAUCCAGUACUAUUUCAAUCAGCACGUUUUUGCUCUUGAGCAGAUGGAAUAUCAGAAUGAAGGCAUUGAUGCUAUACCCGUGGAAUAUCAGGACAACCGCCCGCUCUUGGACAUGUUCCUUCAGAAACCCCUGGGACUACUUGCACUUUUGGAUGAGGAAAGUCGGUUUCCCCAAGCAACUGACCAGACCCUGGUUGAUAAAUUUGAAGAUAAUCUACGAUGCAAAUACUUCUGGAGGCCCAAAGGAGUGGAACUGUGCUUUGGCAUUCAGCAUUAUGCUGGAAAGGUAUUAUAUGAUGCUUCUGGGGUUCUUGAGAAAAAUAGAGACACUCUCCCUGCCGAUGUGGUUGUGGUCCUGAGAACGUCAGAAAACAAGCUUCUUCAGCAGCUCUUCUCAAUCCCUCUGACAAAAACAGGUAAUUUGGCCCAGACAAGAGCUAGGAUAACAGUGGCCUCAAGAUCUUUGCCUCCACAUUUCAGUGCUGGAAAAGCCAAGGUGGACACUCUGGAGGUGAUGCGGCAUCCGGAAGAAACCACCAACAUGAAGAGGCAAACUGUGGCUUCUUACUUCCGGUAUUCUCUGAUGGACCUGCUCUCCAAAAUGGUGGUUGGACAGCCCCACUUUGUGCGCUGCAUUAAACCCAAUGAUGACCGAGAGGCCCUGCAGUUCUCUCGAGAGAGGGUGCUGGCCCAGCUCCGCUCCACAGGGAUUCUGGAGACAGUCAGCAUCCGCCGCCAGGGCUAUUCCCACCGCAUCCUCUUUGAAGAAUUUGUGAAAAGGUAUUAUUACUUGGCAUUCAGAGCACAUCAAACACCUCUUGCUAGCAAAGAGAGCUGUGUGGCUAUCUUGGAAAAGUCCAGAUUAGAUCACUGGGUGCUGGGAAAAACAAAGGUUUUUCUCAAAUAUUACCAUGUUGAGCAAUUAAAUUGGCUACUUCGAGAAGUCAUAGGCAGAGUGGUUGUGCUACAGGCAUAUACAAAGGGGUGGCUUGGAGCCAGGAGAUACAAAAGAGUCAGAGAGAAGAGAGAGAAGGGAGCCAUUGCCAUCCAGUCAGCCUGGAGAGGAUAUGAUGCUCGGAGGAAAUUUAAGAAAAUAAGCAACAGAAGGAAUGAGUCUGCUGCUCAUAAUCAAGCAGGGGACACUUCAAACCAAAGCAGUGGGCCACAUUCCCCCGUCGCAGCAGCUACCAGGGGAAGUGCCAAGGUUCAAGACUACGGCGAGCCUGGUGACCAUAAAGUUCUCAGGGGCUCGGUAGAUCGUAGAAGCCAUUCGCAAGCAGGAUCCAACAAUGGCCAUGCACAGACUUCAAGCAACUCUCCUGCUGUCACAGAGAAAAAUGGGCAUUCACAAGCCCAGAGUUCUCCAAAAGGGUGCGAUGUCUUCGCAGGACAUGCAAACAAGCACUCGGUUUCUGGGACUGAUUUGCUGUCUUCUCGGAUAUGCCAUCCUGCUCCAGAUCACCAAGGAUUGAGUCUCUGGGGAGCCCCUCAAAAGCCUGGUUCAGAAAAUGGUCUCGCACAGAAGCAUCGAACACCUCGCCGACGAUGUCAGCAGCCCAAAAUGCUGAGUAGCCCUGAGGACACCAUGUACUAUAACCAGUUAAAUGGAACUCUAGAAUAUCAAGGGAGCAAGAGGAAGCCAAGAAAACUUGGCCAAAUCAAAGUACUUGAUGGGGAAGAUGAAUAUUACAAAUCUCUGUCACCAGUGGACUGUAUCCCUGAGGAGAACAACUCAGCCCACCCUUCCUUUUGUUCUUCAUCCUCAAAAGGAGACUCUUUUGCUCAACAUUGAAUUGUACUUCCUAACCCCAAAUCUGUCCAGAGUAGGAACAUUCAUGGUAAUCGACUGUCUGUCAUUGCGUAAGAAAGCACUGAUGUGGGGUCAGCUUCUUUGGACAUAUGGUCCAUGCCUGAACCUUACUGAACAACUUGCAGAUUCCAAAACAUCUUAUCCUAUCUCUACCACUCUCCCACAUCUGUUGCGCAGCCUGAGCUGGGCGCUCCCUUCCUUUCUCAUCCCAUGGGGCCCUGUGGGACACUGAGAACACCUUUACAACAGUAUAAACAGUCAUUCAUGCCCCCAGUGUCUAGGAAGAUAACAGUCUCACCCCAGUCGAAUCAUGGACACUGAUAGUAUUUCUUGAUUUUUCCUAUCAAGUUACUUUUCAAUCCAUUCAGAAUCUGCCCCAGUGGAGACCCAGGAGUUCCUUUCCUGCACUGUUCUCCACCCUCCCUUGUUUGCUGGGCUUUUCUAUCACUCCCACCUCCCCCAGAGUCAGGGCUCCAUUGCUGAGUGCCCCAUCCUGGAGGAUUGGCCCCAAGAUCUCCUAGAACAGGAUAAUUGCCUGUGUUUAGGCAGAUAGGCCUAAAUCUUUCAGAUUCUUUCUACAAGGCAAAUAACCCCUCUCUUGUUAAUUAUUAUGCUGAGAAAGACUCUGUCUCUUUAUUUCACCUCGCCAGGACCCCCACACUACUUUAGUAAUGAAAAGAAAGGAAUGAGAGGGAAAGUCCAGGUCACUUUAUUCUGUAACUCUCCAUUCAUUGGUGAAAUAACUCCAUGAGGCUAUCAGUGGCUACAGUGGAAGGACCUGAUCUUGUCCAUCUUUGUGUGCACAGAGCCUAGCACAGGGCCUGGUAGAGGGGAUAUCUAGUGAAUGUAGAAUACAUGGAGAAACUUAACUAAGUUACACAAGCGUAUCUGACAGGAAUGUUACUUUCAAUUGUAUGUUACAUAUCAUUAGUCACUUUUCGUACACUAUAACCUCUGAUUUUUCACUCAAGUUUGGGCUAAUUCUAUUGUAAUGAUGUUAGAUAAUAUAAUACUCAAUAUGAUUCAAUAUGAUAAACUUUUUUGAGCACCUACUUUAUAUAAAACGUGACAAAUUGCUGUGUGAUGUAAUCAAAAACAAAGAAGCCCUAUAAGACUAUUUCUCUAGAACAGAUGUUCUUAAUUUUUUCUUACUCUAAAAUAUGUGGUAGAUAGUAUGCAAGAAAAGCCGGGUGCAGUGGCUCAGGCCUGUAAUCCCAGCACUUUGGGAGGCCAAGAUGGGUGGAUCGUGGGUCAGGAGUUUGAGACCAGCCUGACCAACAUGGUGAAGCCCCGUCUCUACUAAAAAGAAAAAAAAAUACAAAAAUUAGCCCGGCAUGGUGGCACGUGCCUGUAAUCCCAGCUACUCAGGAGGCUGAUGCAGGAGAAUCACUUGAACCCGGGAGGCAGAGGUUGCAGUAAGCUGAGAGCGCACCACUGCACUCCAGCCUGGGUGACAGGGCAAGACUCUGUUUCAAAAAAAAAAAAAAAGAUAGUAUGCAAGA